GUGAGGGGCGGAGGCCAGUUGAUUUCGAUCCGUCGAGCGUAACGUGUACGUUACAAGGAGUACGCUGCACGCUCUUUUCUUGCGCACUCGUUGCGUUCGGAAUAGUCAUCAGAAAAUUUCUCUUCUCGAAUUAACAAACAGUUCGAUCAAGGCGAUGUUCAACGCGAGUGUAACUAUCUUGCGAUAACACAGACAGCCAUAGAAAUAGUGUGUGACGUUGGUGUUGUAAAUCGUCAAACUUCACCGAAAGGAAAAAGGAGCGGCAUACAAAAGUGGACGGAAUUAGAAAGAAGAACGAAAGACCAAGAUCGCGCGAGUCUCUACCGCUAUCUCGUGCGCUUACUUUGGUGGGUUGGUUCGAUCGAUAAAUACACGGGGUGCGUGCACUGGCGUCCGGCAGAUAAGCAGCCGUAUAUUUCGGAAAGUGUGCUGCCCGAUCGAAUUAAUCGACGACCCACAUCUUUUUCGCCGCUUAACUGCUCACUGUGUGCCGUUUAGCGAGCGAACUCUCGCGUCGACUGAAAAUCGACCAGAAGUAAGAAACACGCAUAUACGCGUACGAUAUGAAGGCGAUGGUGGUAAGCCCAGUGGGCGGCAGAGUACCGCCAAGUCGAGGUGUUCUGCACAGCAGCCUGGGCAUCAACGGAACUCGUCGUGACCUGGAAGCAGAAGAAGUGGCCGCUUACCUAACGAAGCUGAGAUCCCUGGUGCCUGACAUGCCGAGGAAACGGAAGUUAUCCAAGCUCGAGGUUAUCCAGAGGGUGAUCGAGUACAUCUGCGAUCUUCAGACGACUCUGGAGGAAACGAACGUUCAUCACGAAUCCACCGUAGCGAAAACGACACCGAGGCAACCGUUGCAACCAUUGUUGAAUGCCCCGACGACCGUCCCAACGACGACGACAACAUCGUCAACAUCCACGAUCACCGGAAUGGUCGCGGAACGGUGACCUGUAUCGGCGAACGAGCUCCAGUGAGGUUCAGGUCGCUGCGAGCUUCUUGUCCUCGUGGGCUGACGGCUUGACCUCCGUGUUUCGACGUCGCGGGAUUGUUCGAGUCAUCUUCGGGGAGUUGAAUCGAGAACUCGGCUCAUUGUGGUAGCGUUUCUCCGGAAGAACGUUGCUACAACCAUGUUUUGUGCUCGUCUUCGACUGUAUAGAGAUUUCUUGAAGAUUUCGAAGGUCCAGAAGGGAAACAGGGAUGAAAGGUAUCCUGAUGUUCAGGUAUUCGGGAGAAGAACGGGAUUUUGUCGAGCGUUUCGAGAAAAGAGCGAGGACAUCGAAUAGGGAUGCGCUCGACGUCUCGAGGCGGCGCGGCGCCUGAAGAGAAGAACGAAGACGACGUGAAAGAAGGACGACGAAGCGGGCCGAUUACGGCCGAUCUUAACUUCUUUCUUCGAGUAAAGAUGUAAAUACUUGUACAUAGAACUCACCGCAUUCCUCGCACGAGACCCCUUUUCUCAUCUUUUAAUCGAUUCACUUCUUUUUUGAUCCACCAAACUCUCUCCGCCUUCCGACCUCCCUUCUCCGAUUCUUAUAAUCCUCUCCUAAUCCGAACUGUGUUACACGUGUCUCGUUUCUCGAUAUCGCGAACGACGAUCGCGUUGAUCUUUUUUUUUUUUUUAUCAUUCUCUCGUUACUUUGUUUCGUAAUUCCGAAUUGUAACAUAUAGAAAGAUCGUUUCUUCGCGUCGAUUGAUUUUAUAAUAUUGCAACUAUUCGUUUCGACAAAAAAUUCCGAUAGUUUAGUUCGAAAUCUAGGAAAUUUUUCUAUAAAUGUUCGUUUUAGAGGAACGAAUGUAUAUUUAAGGAUCGACGAAGAUCGAAAUCGAAUUGAUCACCUGCGUUUUAAUUGUAAGUACCACCCCCUCGUCCGCAACCAGUCGUGAAUGGAUCGCCUUUCCUUUUCUUUCGUAGUUUUCGCGUGGAAGAGAAAUGUUUAUCAUCGCGUUGAUCAGAGCAUGUAUUAUUUUGAACUCCCCCUUGUAGAUAAUAAAGCGAAUUUAUUUGUAUUAUGAAUUAUUACAUUAAUCGCAACGGUCGAUUCUAUAUUAUUAUUAUUAUUAUAUUAUAUUAUUAUUACAUGAUUAUCAUUGUUAUUGCUUUUCAUAUUAUAAUUUAGAAAUUUUCUCCGUAAUUAUUGUAUAUUCGCGAAGACUGAAAGGCUGUAAAGUGUAAGUAUAUUUGAUGUGCGAGUUGGUUAUGCUCGCUCGCGCGCGAAAUAAAAUACAAACUGUGUCCAUACGAUUA